AUGGGUGUCCCUAAGUUCUUCCGAUGGCUGAGCGAGCGGUAUCCUGCGAUCUCGAUGCUGAUCGCAGAGAAUCGGAUACCUGAGUUCGACAAUUUGUACCUCGACAUGAAUGGUAUUAUUCAUAACUGUACACACAAAGAUAGCGACUCCCCUACUUUUCGCAUGACCGAAGAUAAGAUGUUUAUCGCCAUAUUUAAUUAUAUCGAGCAUCUCUACGGCAAAAUCAAACCAAAGAAACUCUUCUUCAUGGCGAUUGAUGGUGUGGCCCCUCGGGCCAAGAUGAACCAACAGCGUGCACGACGAUUCCGAACAGCUUUGGAUGCUGAGGUUGCGAAAGAGAAAGCCAUCAGCCAAGGAAUUGAGAUGCCCAAGGAGGAUGCUUUCGACAGCAAUUGUAUUACCCCGGGCACGGAAUUCAUGGCUAAAUUGACAGAGCAACUAAAAUAUUUCAUCAACAAGAAGAUAUCGGAAGAUAAAGAUUGGCAAGGAGUCGAGAUCGUACUGUCAGGUCAUGAAGUACCGGGAGAAGGUGAACAUAAGAUUAUGGAAUAUAUCCGGCAUGCGAAAGCACAAACAGGUUAUGAUCCCAAUGUUCGCCACUGCCUUUAUGGUCUCGAUGCCGAUUUGAUCAUGUUGGGGCUCCUCAGUCAUGAUCCUCACUUCUGUCUUCUUCGUGAGGAAGUGACGUUUGGGCGCCAAGUCCAGAAAAAGCCCAAGGAACUUGAGCAUCAGAAUUUCUACCUUCUACAUCUGUGCAUGGUCAGAGAGUACUUAGAAUUGGAGUUUCAGGAGUUGGAACGGAACGACGUUUUGGGCUUUUCUUUUGACAUGGAACGGGUUAUCGACGACUUCAUUUUGAUGGCGUUCUUUGUUGGAAACGAUUUUCUACCUAAUUUGCCUAAUCUGCAUAUCAACGAGGGUGCGUUAGCAUUCUUGUUCAAAGUCUACAAGGAGAUCUUGCCAAAGAUGGGCGGGUAUAUUAACGAGCAGGGCGUUAUCAACAUGGAGCGUUUGGGUAUGCUUCUUGACGGCCUGAGCGAUGUUGAAUUCCGCUUUUUUGAAGCUGAGUACUCAGGCGAGCGAUGGAUCCAGGCCAAGAAAAAUGGCGGAGAAGACAACUCCGAAUCCCAGGAGAGACCUAGGAGUCUUACAAUUACCCCAGCACAGAAGAGUCUUUUGAAAGAGGUCAAGAAAUAUGUGCUCAACCGACCUGAAAAGGCGGCUGACCCUCAGCCUCUUGACUUCCCUCCUACACUGCCUGCUCGAGAUCGCAAGUUCUUGGAGCAACUUGCAGAUGACCUUCGACUGCCGUGGACCACUGAGCCAGACGAACAUGGGGAACGGUUUAUCAGAUUUAAGCUUCCAGCAAGGCAGGGUGACGAUAGCGACGAUGAGGAAGACGAAGAGGCAUCCAUGGCUGUUCAACGUAUCAUCCGAAAGUACGAGAAUGCAAAGGUUCAAGAGCUCUCUGCUGAAGACGCCCAGAAAGCCGCUGAGAAGAAAUAUGAGGAAAAAUUCCAGGAAUGGAAAAACAAGUAUUAUACAGAGAAGUUUGAAUGGGGGUUGGAAAACCAUGAAGAAAUGAGGAAAUUAACAGAGAACUAUGUGCAGGGUCUCCAGUGGGUUCUGUACUAUUAUUACAGAGGCAUUGCGUCCUGGCCGUGGUUCUUCCAGUACCACUAUGCCCCAAUGAUCUCUGAUGUUAAAAAGGGCCUGAAAGCAGAUACGAAUUUCCAGCUUGGUCAACCCUUCAGGCCUUACGAUCAGCUUAUGGGUGUUUUACCCGAUCGAAGCAAAAAAAUUGUGCCUGCUGCCUACCGGGACUUGAUGACUUCACCGGAAUCUCCUAUUGUCGAUUUUUACCCUCGUGAUUUUGAGUUGGAUAUGAAUGGAAAGAAGAUGGAGUGGGAGGCAGUUGUCAAAAUCCCAUUUAUCGAGGAGAAACGCUUGUUGGAUGCUCUCAAAACGAAAGAGCACCUAUUAACUCCGGAAGAAAAGGCACGGAAUGGCUUCGGUGCUAGCCUUAAGUUCACCUACUCGCCCGAUGUACAGUUUAUCUACCCAUCGUCUUUUCCUGGUGUUUUCCCAGAUAUUUCCAAUUGCCAUUGCAUCGAGAAUAUCUUCGACUUGCCUACUAUGGAUGGUCUCGAGCCCUACAUUGGUCUGGUUGAUGGAGCUCAACUUGGAGCAUCGGCAUUAGCAGGUUUCCCAAGUUUGAAGACUUUACCUCACGUUGGCCAAUUAGGCUUCCAUGGUGUGUGCGUCUUCCAGCAAGAGAGCCGCAACGAAAGCAUGGUCAUCACAGUACUUGAUCCUGGAAGCAGGUCAAGUAGCUUAUUGGCUAAGCAGAAACUCGGACAGCGUGUUUUUGUGGGUUAUCCAUUCCUGCAAGAAGCAUACGUAGUCCGUGUUUCCGAUGAGCUGUUCGAUUACAUCAAGCCUGAAGGGGAGGAGCAUGUUGUAAAUAUCCCCCAUACUGAGGCUCAAAUCGAGCAAUGGAAGAAGAAAGCCGACAAAAUCGAAGGGACGUACAGCAGGCGGCUUGGCACGAUCAUUGGCCCUGUUGAGGCGAUGGUACACGUUCAACUACUGAAGGGGUUGCUCAAGACCGAUGAAGGUGCUACAGUAAAAGAGUUUGCAGAUAUCCCGGGACAAGAAACCGAUUACGCUCUUCAGCUCGUCGUUGAUGAAGUGAUCAAUCCCGAUGAACGUUUCAUUGAACGUGAUGCUCUACCUAUCGAAGAAGAAUUUCCCGAAGGCUCUCGUGCAUUUUUCCUGGGGGAAUUCAAUUACGGUAGGCCCAUGCAUAUCACAGGACAUAGUAAUGGCAAAGUGAACGGAUUAAUCGCUGCCGUUAAGGGUCGGGAACCCGAGUUUGGAAAGGAGCGUGCUAGGGAUGCUGAGAGGUUUUGUCCCUACAUGCCCUCUUACGCGAUUGCACGCAGUCUGCAGCUGAAUCCCUUAGUAUUGGCGAAAAUCACUUCGGCCUUCUCUGUGGAUGUGGAGGGUCAGCGUGUUAAUUUGGGUCUCAACCUGAAGUUUGAGGCGAGGAAACAGAAGGUUCUGGGUUAUUCACGCCGUGGAGACUCCGGCUGGGAGUUUAGUCCCAAAGCAGUUGAAUUACUCCAGCAAUACAUGAUCAAGUUUCCUGAAUUCAUCGCUGGUAUCCAGCGUAACCCUCAGGGUGAUCGCUAUAAGCCAACUGAUUUCUAUCCUGAAGAGACCGCCCUUCUGAAGGUCAAGGAGAUUCGUGAGUGGCUCAAAUCUAUCGAGGCUAAGAAUUUCGAGAGAGUUCCUCUCGAUGCUGAACAGCUCGACUCCGACAUUGUCAAGCUGAUCGAGCAGGAUGCGGACCAAUUAAUUCAAAGCCAGCCCGCGAUGCAAGCAAAGAAAGUAGGGGGUGUUCCACGAAGUGCUCUUCUCAGACCAUCUGAUGUGGAGCAGAGACUUGGGAACCAGACAUUUAAACUUGGUGACCGCGUUGUCUAUGCCCAAGACUCCGGUAAAGUGCCCAUAGCCACUCGCGGAACGGUCGUUGGUCUCACCCGGACAUCGCGGGCCCUUCUCCUGGAUGUUGUUUUCGACGUUUCGUUCAUGAGCGGAACCACUCUAGGUGACCGAUGCUCUCCAUUCCGGGGACAGACAGUUCUGUCAUCUUCUGUCCUUAAUGUUUCAUACCGACAGCUACUCGCCACAACUCGAGCAGCCAGCAGCCAGCAAAGUCAACAAUCGCCUUUGACAGUUGCGGGUUAUGGUGCUCCUUCUGGGCCUGAUGGAAAGGGGCAGCUGAAAGAAGCUUCAGCCCCUCCACCUCUCAGCCACUCUUACCGGGGUGCUGUAGCAGGUAUGGGCAACGGUCGCGGUAAUGGUUUCCCUCAAAGGGGCCGAGGUGGUCGUGGCGGACGGGGCACAUCUAAUGGUGUCGGGCCGCAGACAACCCUACCCUUCCGGCCACAUCCCAACGGUGGAGAACAGCAAACUGAUGGGCCAUAUCGUGGAGGCAGAGGGAGAGGCCGCGGUGGCAUGACCCGUACUCGAGGAGGAUACAUCGCUGUGGAUCCCAAUCCGGAUGCGGGUGUAGUGAAGCACAACCCGAACUUCCGGGCACAGAAUUACUCACAAGUUCCCCCACCUAAGAACUUGAGCAACCGUGGCGGACGUGGUGGCCGAGGAAACCCUCGGGGGAGCCAUCGCGGCAGAGGUGCUACUACAGGGAACGAUCAGGUUUGA